UACUUACCUAUGGUCGGUUGUCUCUGGAGCCAGCACACGCACGACAGAAACUUAACCCCGGUUUCUUGAGGACAGAACUGCUGCAAACAUGGUGCUGAAGGCUGUCUGCGUGCUGAAAGGAGCUGGAGAAACCACUGGGACUGUUUAUUUUGAACAGGAGAGUGAAUCCUCCCCUGUGAAGUUGACAGGGGAAAUCAAAGGCCUUACUCCUGGUGAGCAUGGUUUCCAUGUCCAUGCUUUUGGAGACAACACAAACGGGUGCAUCAGUGCAGGCCCUCACUUCAAUCCUCAAAACAAGACUCAUGCUGGUCCUAAUGAUGCAAAUAGGCAUGUUGGAGACCUGGGAAACGUGAGUGCAGGAGGAGAUAAUGUUGCGAAAAUUGACAUCACUGACAAGGUCAUCACCCUCGCUGGUCCCUUCUCCAUCAUUGGCAGAACCAUGGUGAUCCAUGAGAAGGCUGACGAUCUGGGAAAAGGAGGCAAUGAAGAAAGUCUAAAGACUGGCAAUGCAGGUUCACGUCUGGCCUGUGGAGUCAUUGGCAUCACCCAGUAAACAAACUGCUCAAACAUGGAGCAAGAGCACUGGAAGCAACUUUCCCCCUAAGCACUUAGAAGACCAACAUAGCUACUUGACAUGACCGUUUGUUCUUUUCAAUACUCUGUGGCUUGUUAUUUAGUAACUAGUCAGGAGAGUAAGUGAGCCGUGCUUUACCUUGUCUGUUCCGCACAACAAUUGUAUAUGUGGUUUUUAUGUCUGUUGAUCAGGUUUGGUCCCAAAGAAUUGGCAACGCACAAGUAAUAAGCUGAUGUAUCAAUAAAUUAUGGUUCAUCUGGA